UAGUGAUGGUGUGAUAAAUGAAUCUGAAUGAGGAACACACUUAACGUGCUGUCAUACAGGGAUCUAGUGACGUCAUAAAAUGUUUCCGUAUAAAAGAGCAGGAAUUGUUCAGAUGGAAAACUACAUUUCUGCAUUGUUCUGAUGAACUAGAGAAGGCUCAAAACAACAAACAAACACAAGUUAAAACAAAUCUAGCAGUAACUCCUUUUGUGAAAUUAGAAGCAGGUCACGUGGGCGGUGUAUGUCCACAGACUCGCCUCCAGGCCGCCACGUGGCGCUCUGACUGACCCGCGCUCCAUUCUCCUUGAACAGCUCCAAAAAGGAGACUCAACCCGCCAUAUAUGAUGUCGCAGAUUCGCCAUAAACGCCUGCUGAAGUAAUUUUAAUACAAUAAAUUCCACUUAAAACGAUGUUUGGAGUCAUAACGAUAUAAAUAAGAUUCCUUUGUUAUUUUUGGACUACUGGUUUAAUGGAGGAGCAUGGACCCAGCGCGUGCAGAGGGAUCUUCAGUCUUCAUGUGUAAAAAAUGCAACCUGUUCUCUCCCAAUAAAUCACUGCUCCAGUCUCAUGUACUUGAGAACCAUAGUGAUGAAGGUGGAGAUGCUGAGGACAUUAUAAUCCCUCUCAAACCUUUACAUGUACCAGAGGGCAUUAAAAGAAAAAGAGGUAGACCAAAAGGGUCUACUAAAAAAACCCAAGGAGAUGUACCGAGGCCUAACCAAUUUUCCAGUCAACAGAAGAAGGAUGUAUCUGAUGUUCUGUCCGAAUCUCCAGUUAAACCCCAGCACACUGAAGAUGGCACUGGUUUGGAGUGCAAGAAAUGCCAACGCAAGUUCAGCAACAAACGUCAAAUUUCCAAACACAUCUGUUUUGCAGAGCUUAAAGAUGUUCCUGAUGAGGAUGACUUUCACAGUGAGGACGCUGAUCCUACUGAGAUAGUAGACGAAGACGACGGAGAUGUAGAAUGCUCACCCAAGAAGGCGAGGACCGUGAAAGCAGACAAGGUUUCUAGUUUAAAGGAGCCCGAGUCCUCAGGAUGCACUAAAAACCCCAUCGUCAGUGUGGUUCUUGCAGCACAUGAAGCCAUUCCUGGUGCCACUAAAAUAGUUCCCAUUGAAGCUGCUCCAGCUGAGGCGGUCAUGCUACCUGAAGGAACUGCAGGAGAGUCCAUGCAAAAGAAAGGAUACCAAGAAUAUGCCAUACAGCAAGCUGCUUAUGAAGUGCCUCUGAAAUCUAACAGGAUGGGGCAGACCCAGCUGAAAAUUUUCACCUGUGAAUACUGCAACAAGGUUUUCAAGUUCAAACAUUCCCUUCAAGCCCACUUGCGAAUCCACACCAAUGAGAAGCCGUUCAAAUGCAGCCAGUGUGACUACGCCAGCGCUAUCAAGGCCAAUCUCAGCGUCCAUAUGAGGAAGCACACUGGAGAAAAGUUCAGCUGUGAGCACUGCUCAUUUAACUGUCUGAGCAAGGGUCACCUUAAAGUGCACGUGGAGAGGGUGCACCAGAAAAUUAAGCAGCACUGCCGCUUCUGUAAGAAGAAGUACUCCGACGUCAAGAACUUGCUGAAGCACAUCCGAGAGAGCCACGAUAUGGAAGACGGGAAAGUCAAAGACUCUUACGACGAGUACAGGCUCCAAACCAGAGAAGGCAAACGACAGCUGCUUUACGACUGUCAUGUCUGCGAUCGUAAGUUCAAGUACGAGCUGGAGCGCGAUCGGCAUCUGAUGGUCCACGGAAGCAACCGACCGUACGGCUGCGAGCUCUGCGAUCACGGGUCUACAAAGUUCCAAGCUCUUCAGGCUCAUGUUAGAAAGCAUCCCUUUGUGUAUGUGUGCUCAGUUUGCCAGCAGAAGUUUGUCAGUACCGUUCGCCUCAAGAUGCACUUCAGUGAAUCCCAUCCUGGAUCAGACGAAUCCACGACUUUCGCUGAUUCUAUCAAGAGCAGUUUCUGCCUGUUGAAACCUGGGGAUGACAUUCAGCGGGACAUGCUGAAACAAGACGAGCUGGAGAUCAGCAAAGAGCUGUCCCUCCUUAAUGCACAGGAAGUGCUUGCCACUGAAACAGACAGCGUAGAGGAACAAGAGGCUGAAGGUCCUGCCAGUUUAACCACAGAGGAACUGGUACAUGAUCCCCAAGAGGACAUAGCUUCAACAGAGCUCAGUAACUGCCCUGUUAUCGACGCCAGUGUAGCCGAGGAAGCUCAACUGCAUGGGAGAGUCUCGGAGGACUUGCUAGACAAAGAACAAGUGCAGGAUAAUUUGCCAAACGUGGAGUGUAGUGUAACAGAAUUGAAUAAUCCUGGCGAAGAGAAUACACAUUUGCCCACAUCUGAGACACCAGCGAUGUCAGAACAUGUCACAACAGACAUGACGGUUACUGAGAAUGAGUCUAGUGUUACUCAAAGCAGCCCUCCCCCUAGUGGUAUGGAGGACCUGGCAACUACAGAAGUCGAAGACAAAUCUGCCUUUGUGCAGAUUUUAGAACAAAUGCAGAAAAGACAACUAAACAUGGACGUUUUUGAGAGAAUACGUAAAGUCUACGGAGAUCUGGAGUGUGAAUACUGCGGUAAGCUUUUCUGGUACCAGGUGCACUACAACAUGCAUGUAAGAACACACACACGAGAACAUCUGCAUUACUGCUCCCAGUGCAGCUACUCUUCCAUCACUAAAAACUGCCUGAAGCGUCACGUAAUCCAGAGACACAGUAAUGUCCUGCUCAAGUGCCCUUCAGAGGGUUGCCAGUACUCUACGCCUGACAAGUACAAGCUACAGGCUCAUCUUAAAACUCACACAGAGAUUGUAAAGAAGAGCUUUGUGUGUCCUCUCUGUAAGAAGGCACUUCCUGAAGACAAACUUAGGCAUCAUAUCAAAUCCGUCCAUCCAGAUACAUCACUAACGAACACUUUAGAAGCGCUGGGAAUACGUGCACAUGUGAAAGGUGUAAUAGGAAAACGAGCCUCUAAAUGUCCGUACUGCGACUGCUACUUCACAAGAAACGGAACUGACAUGCAGCAGCACAUCUGGGCUCAUGAAGGAGUGAAACCCUAUAAAUGUUCGUUGUGUGAUUACGCCUCACGCAGCAAAAGCAACCUGAAGGCUCAUUUCAACAGGCACAACACGGAGAAGAGCCACCUGUGUGAUCUGUGUGGGAAGAAGUUCAAGUCCAAGUGCACGCUAAAGAGCCACAAGCUCAUGCACUCGGCAGACGGUAAACAGUUCAAAUGUACGGAGUGUGAUUUCACUGCAGCACAGAAGCCACAGCUCCUCCGCCACAUGGAACAGCACGUCUCCUUUAAGCCAUUCCGUUGCGCACACUGCCACUACUCGUGCAACAUCUCAGGUUCUCUUAAAAGGCACUAUAACAAGAAGCACCCUGGGGAGCAGUACAGCAACACAGGGCCUGGAACACCUACUUCAGAGACUGUGAUAGAGCAAGGUGGAGUGAAGUGUCCAGUCUGUAACUAUGUUUACGGAACCAAAUGGGAAAUGAACAGACACUUGAAAUGCAAGCAUGGACUCAAAGUUGUUGAGAAUCAGUGGGAGGUAGUAGAAUCAGCAGAGGAACCGAACACACAGUAUCUUCAGAUUGCUGAGUCAGAGGACGUGCAGGGAACAGAGGCUGCUGUCUCAGUGCUGCAGAACCUUCGCUUUAACACACAGAACGGUGUUGUCUCCACCACGGCUACAGACAGACUGGAUCCAGCAUCGGUUAAUAUUCUCCAGCAGAUAAUCGAGCUUGGUACGGAGAACCCAGACACAGUGGCCUCUGUGGUUGCCAUGGCACCUGGAACAGUCACUGUGGUGGAGCAGGUUACAGAGGAGGAGCAGCCGACUGACCACACCAUGAUGAUCCAUGAUGCCCUGCAGCAGGCCACCGUGGAUCUGGGAGAAGAGCAUCAUUUGGUGGUGUCCUCAGACGACGUGGAAGGCAUCAAGACAGUCACAGUGUACACGCAGGGAGAAGACGCUUCACAGUUCAUCGUCUAUGUUCAGGAAGCCGUUCAGACUGAGGAGAGUACUACAGAGGUGACCUAAAAAAAACUUUUCAGAAGGAUGUACAAGUGGAAAGGCUUUUAAAAGCAUGGAAAGAUGUCGAAAAUGUAAUGUGUUGACUGCAAGCUGAUGAGCUAAUGCGUACAACAUCGAGGCAGGAGCCCUUUUUUUCAGAGACGUUCAGUACAAUUCUACUGAAAAAUCCUCUUUAUUCUUUUGUAGCUUUGCAGUGAUUUUGAGGAGUUUCAGUGUCAUUGAAUGGAUUUGUUUGCUACAUCAUCUGUACCUGAAGUUAUGUGACUUCACCAGAAUCUACCACAACACUUGUUGAUAUGGUGAAGUUUUCUGUAGGGAGAUCUAGCAUUUUUGGAUGUUUCAUGACAUGAGGAAGUUUUGCAUUUCAGUGUUGGUGAUGAGCUGUAUUUUUGUCUUAUUACCAUUGAGAGAAAGAGAAAAGUAAAAAAGAGAGAGAGAAAGAGAGGCUGCUGAAAGGAAGAAUGCAUGGUUUGUGAAUGAGAACAAUCCAUAGCUGUUUUAAUAUAAGUGAUAACAGGAACUAACUUGUGUCUGGAACCUUCCAUAACAUUAAAUGGAACUAUAAAUAGUUUAAAAAGUAUGAUGCGUCAUUCUUUAAUGAUUUAGUCACUGAAUCAUUGGCAAAUUGCUGUGGUAUAAAUGGAAUAAAACACUAUGUUGUUUAUUAUUCUUCCACCAGCUCAUCUUAAAGCGCUUUAUUCUUAAUCAUUUAACAUUUUUGCUCUGAAUCUUUUAGAUAUGUUGUGUUGGGAUUUAAAUAUUUAGGUUUGAAAUAUUCAAGAAAAUAAAUCAUGUUAUUGAAAUUUAUAAUAAUCAUCCAGGAAAGGGCAAACAGAGCAAAGUUAAGCCAGUUGUGGAUUAGCGAAGGUCAUUAGUCAAACUGUUCGGCAAUUUGUGCAUGUUACUAUAGGAACUGAACGACAUCUUAAGUGAAUACAUACUGUAUGUCAAAUGUAUUUCUUGCAGUGGCGGGCCAUGCAUUUCACACCUAGGCCUUCACUGGUGUCCUUCCUGAAUUAAUCCACCUCUAUACCAUAAUUAUGAAGCCACGGCAAUGGAUACUAAUCAACCGUUAAAUAGCAAAGUAAAAAAGAAAUGAGGCUACAGUAUUUCACACCUCACAAGGAAUAGUCAAUUUUAUUGCAGUCUGCCUUGAAAAUGCAUUUGUAAGGAUGUCUGCGACCAAAUCGAUUUCUUCUCCUCUGUCAGCCAUUGUGAGUUAAAAUGUGUAUAUUUUAUUUAGUUUGUGUGGUUUGCUGCCUCUGACUACUCCAAUUAUCCAAUCAAAGGAUGGGAAAUUGCUGACGUAAUCAUAUGCCUGCUAGAUGGCCCCAGUGAUGCCAACUCGAAAUCUGAUUGGUUAAUGUAAUCUGAUUGGUUAUUUCAUUGCCACUUAUUUUAAGCUACGGGCACCUGCACGAUUGAUUCUGAAGGCCUUAAGGCAGAUUUCUUUCAUCCUGGCAACACAUGAUGUCAGCCAUUGUCUGAAAUAUGAUUGGAUAAAUACUCUUAUCAUAAAUAUACACUACUGGAAGCAGCGCAACCAAGAGAAGAGCUAUGAAAUGUAGAGAAUAGACUAUUGGGAAUAAUUUAAUACACAUUCAUGGAAAAAUAUAAUAAAUAUAUUAAAAUGCAAGUCAGUGAUUCAGAUCACUGCUGUUUAGGCCAGCAGAGAAGGCCUUGCUGGCCUUGACGGCCCACCACUGAUUUCUUGCAUGUUAACAUGUAUAUUUUUGUCCCAUUAACAUGUUACACUGGUCUUGCCUUUACAUUGGCUGUUUUCUUUUUUUGUUUUGGGUGAGAUACACCCAUUUUAUAACAUUAAAACCACUGACAGGUGAAGUGUAUAACAUGAUUAUCUCACUUCACUGGCACUUCUCAAGGGCGCGGAUACACAGACAUCAAAUUAACAGAAAAGACGAGGUGCUGGAAGCAAGAAUAAUGGACAAACGUUAGGAUUUGAGCUACUUUGACAAGCACCAAAUAGUGAUGGCUAAACGACUGGGUCAGAGCAUCAGCAAGAGCAACAGCAGGUCUUCUGGAGUGUUCCUGUGAUCAGUAACUCCCAAAAGAGGUCCAAGGACAUCCAGUGAUCUGACAACAUGGUCAUUGAUUGGUGUAAAGUGUAGCCCAGCUGGUCCGAGAAUAGCAGCAGGUUUCGCCUUGUGUAGCUUCACAAGUGCUUUGUUUACAAGCAGUCUGAUCAUAUCGCUGAUAUUUUACAGCAGUGUAUUUCAGAUUUUUAGGAUUUUUUUGCCCUUAAAAUUGACCCUAACAGUACCAAGUAGUUCUGGUGAAGGAACACUUUCAAGUUGGUGAUGUAGUGUUUGGUGUAGGAGUGUAAGACUGGUCUGAAGCCAGAGUAGCACAAAUUAGUGAAAAGGUUCAUGCUGGCUAUGAUGCGCUGUGUUCUGACACCUUUUUAUCACAGCAUGCUGUAUUUGAGGCUGUGUAGCUAUGGAUCAGUCAGAUCCCCUACUGACUGACCUCUGUCUACCACCAAUAGCACUAAAAAUGGGCAUCAGAACUGGACCAUGAAGCAGUGGAAGACUGUGGGCUGGUCUGAUGAUGAUAGUGCUUUUUUUUUUUUAAAGGUGAUGUUUACCUUGUAUGGUGAAUUGCAGAAAAUGCAAUGGAGUGAGUGUGGUAACGCAUGAGCACAUCAGUUUCAAAUGUGUUUAUCAGUGGCUAUUAAGUAGUGCUGGGUGUACCUACAUCUGAUAAACCCGAAUUUUUGAAGAAGCCUUUAUUUUUGUCACAUAUACAUUAUAGCAAAAUACUUUUCUUUGCAUAUCCCAGCUUUGGAAGCUGUGUUAAGAGCUCCAUGAUACAGUCCUUCUGGAGCAGAGAGGGUUGAAGGCUUUGCUCAGGGACCCAGCAACAUCCUACAACUUGUUCUAGACACAAUUUGAUGAAUAAAAAUAUCCUGGUCUUCAUCUGUUCACUCAUGGUGAGCCAGUGCUUGCCGUAGCCUCAGAUUCCUGUUCUUGAUUGAUUUUCAUGGAACUUGAUGUGGUUUUCUCUUCACUACAGGUAUAAGGACGGACUGUUUGAGUUACCAUAGCCUUCCUUGUUGUCUAGCUGGAGUCAGAAUAAUCAUCUCUCUGUUUCCAUCCACAGAAUGAUCACUCACUGGAUUUUCUGUGUGUUUAGUACCAUUCUGUAUAAACUCUAGAGACUCUAGCAAAUCCCUGGAGAUCAGCUGUUAUUGAACCCGCUCAUCUGACAUCAGCAACCAUGCUAGCUUUAUCUGCACAUGAUUAUCUGAUCUAAGUGUACAGUAGUUUCUAAUAAAGUGGUAGAUGGGUAAAGGAAAUCAUAAAGGCAGUUGUUGAAUUCAAUCAAUAAAUGUGUGAGAAACAUUAUUUUAUGGAGAACUUUUAUCUAAAAUCACAUAAUAUUUGUAAACUAGUCUUCUGUUUAAUUCGCUUUAAAGAUCCUGUUGGAUUUAAUUAACCAAAUAAACAUCAUGGUACAUUUAAUAAUGUUAAUAAAAUGAUAUUAAACUACA